CACGUGCAGAAGGAUGGGCGUUGCAGCAGCUGUCGUGGCGCUGGCUAGCGUUGGCCAUGCUUUCGCUUUUGUUGUGCCUGGACACCAAUAUGUAGCGGCAGCUUCCUUCAGCAGGGGCAGGCAACACCGUGCACCACUGCUGUCGGCGAGCAGAGGAGCACCCGCGCGAGGGGGAGGGCGAGCCGGCAGGGUUCCUUCCAUGAGUGCACCGGACUUGGAGGAACCCGCCAUGCUGAUUGGCCACGGUUUCGAUAUCCACCGCUUGGUUGAGGGGAAGGAGCUCGUCAUCGGAGGGGUCAACAUUCCGUACGAGCUCGGCGCCGACGCGCACUCGGACGGGGACGUGAUCUACCACAGCGUCGUAGAUGCCAUCUUGGGGGCUCUUGGGUUACCAGACAUUGGUCAACUUUUCCCCGACAACGACCCGGAUUGGUCGGGCGCUGACUCGAGUAUUUUCAUGGAGGAAGCCUACCGAAGGAUGGACGAAAGGGGGUUCCGAGUGGGUAACGUCGACGUUACCCUGAUCCUUCAGAAACCGAAGGUGAUGGACAUCAAGCCGUUGAUGCGAGACAACAUCGUGCGGCUGCUGCGCACGUCCCUCGGGCGCGUGAACGUCAAGGCGAGGACCCACGAGAAGGUGGACUCUGUCGGGGAGGGGCGAGCGAUGGCCUGUCACGUUGUGGUCUUGCUGGAGAAGGUCCCGUGACGCUCGCGCUCGAUUGUUGAUGGGACUCCCCCAAGAUUAACCCCCCUCCUAUGUGACCCCGGUUGGGUCGUCUAGCUGGUAGAAGUGGAGGAUGGGGACCAGAGGGGCAGACGACAGAGUCCAAUAAUGGGAGAGAAAAAAAAAAAACGUGAAACGGCAGCUUGACAAUAUGAAGUUCACUUGAGUUCAGAAUAACUUUUUCAGAUUGCACACGUGAAAUUGUAGAUCAGGCUGACAGCGAUUUUUUUCUCGCUUGAUUAGGGCUGUCUUUGUGUGUUUUGUAGACCAAGGUAAUUCUGAUCGUUGUGCCCGGGGAAUUCAAUCCUUCACCUUCAAGAAAGCUCUUCAUCGUCGGACAACGUGGUGGUUUCGUGGUACUGGGAGGACGGCGGCCGAAAGCUCGCCGUUCUUGGGGGAGACCAUCUUCAGUGUUUUACCGUGGCGUGGUGUUACACAUCGUUCUAGCGAUGGGUGGUGAGGACUUAUUUUGGGUUCGACUUACGCGUGGCAGCCGGGAUGGGCAGGACAGAGCGAUGGAAUUCCCCGCUACCUUUUUUCUAGCGGGAAAAGCGCGGUGUGCCACUCUGCGGUUCGGCUAAAUGAACAGCGCAAAAGCGAAGAGUC